AUGUUAUAUGUAAAUAUCAAUUCCGAGCAAGGUGCCAAACUAAAACUGUCUAAUAUCAUACGAAAAAUUAGUGUAGCAAUAAGUAAUAGCAAAAAUGUUAGUGAAAAUUUAAAAUUUAUUAACACUGUGAAAUCUAAAAAUGCCAACUGUAACAUGUAUACUAACUUGAGCUCUACAGAUUUGACAGGUUUAAAUAAUUUUACUGUUCUUCCUAUUAAUAAUAGUAACUUGGGCUCUAUAGAUUUGACAGAUUUAAAUAAUUUCACUCUUCUUCCUUUUGAUAAUAGUAACUUGGGUUCCAUAGAUUUGAAAGGUUUGAAUAAUUUAACUGUUCCUCCUUUUGAUAACGUAUCUAUCACACCCACAGUUAAUAAGGAUUUUCCCACAAAGUCUCAAACUCAAGAUCCAAAUUAAAAAGUACAAUAAAUAUAUUAUAUUUAAAUGCUAAGAGCUUGGUGGCCCACAUUGAUGAAAUCUCUAAUAUGUGUUGUCAAAAAAAACCAAGUUUAGUAUGUGUUUCUGAAACUUGCUUGACUGAGGAUAUUUAUGAUUCAGAAAUAGACAUUGACGGAUACAAAAAUUAUAGAGUUGACAGUGAAAGUAGACACACAGGGGGUGCUUUAAUUUAUGUACACAGUGAACUGAAGGUUUUAAAAUAUUUUAAAUUUUGUAUUUCAAAAAUUUGUUGGAUUGUUUCUGUGAUGGUAAUACUAGGAAACAAAAUUAAUUGUAUCUUUAUAUAGGUCACCAAGCAGUAGCUGUAUACAUUUUUUAGAUUGUUUUAGCACUUGGGCUGAAGAAAAUUUAUGUGAUAAUUCUCAAAUAGUUGUUUCUGGAGAUUUUAAUAUUGACCUGUUAACUAAAAACACAGUGCGAAAUUAAGUGAUAUUUUGAUUGAUACUGGAUUAAAAAAUAUUGUUACAGAAUGCACAAGACCAAAUAGAAGUGGUGGAGGUACACUAAUAGAUUUAGUGAUAACAAAUAAUGACUCUGUUUCAGCCGAGGUUAUCAAAACACCAAGAAUUUCAGAUCAUUUUAUGCGCUUUAAACAAAUGUGCUAUUAAAUAGUGAUGGGCGAUCUGUUUUUGAAAUUGAAAGCAGAGGUAAGGACUUAAAUUUUGAUUUAAUUAAUAACAAACUUUCAACAUUAGCACGGAACUAUCAUAUUUAUGACAUUAAUGCAAAAUAUGAUAAUUUUGUAA